AUGUAUAGUAAUGUUGAAGAUGAUUCUUCAUCAUGUGAUUCAUCUUUAUCAGGAGAUGAUGAUCAUAAAGGGCAAAACAAUCAUAGUGAAGAAAUUCUAAGGAGUAAUUCAUAUAGGACUAAUACAAAUGCUUCUUCUAGAAGGUUACCAAGUAUAGCAUUAUCAAAAACUAAAUCUAGGUUAAUGGACCCACCAUCUACCCCAUAUGAUCAAAGAUCCGGUGCGAUACAUCAAAAAUCCGGUCAGCUUAAUUUCAGAUCGGGUUUUCUAGGAAACCCAUCUAUGUUUGAUGACGAUGAUGAUGAUCCCUUUUUCGACGACGAUUUUUCCGAAGAUCAUGUUAAAAGUACAAAAGUUAGUACCAUGAUGGUUAUUGAAUGGGUAAGCCUUGUUUUAAUCAUGGGUGCUUUAGUUUGUAGUCUUGUUAUACCUGUCCUUAGGAAAAAAAAAUUAUGGAGUAUGAAAUUAUGGAAAUGGGAUGUUUUAAUCCUUGUAUUAAUUUGUGGGAGAUUAGUUUCUGAUUGGGUAAUUAGAUGUCUAAUGUUCCUAAUUGAGAGAAGUCUUUUACUUAGAAAAAGGGUUUUAUAUUUUGUUUAUGGGUUAAAAAGUUCAGUCCAAAAUGUUUUUUGGUUAGGGCUUGUUCUUGUAGCAUGGUAUUUUUUAUUCGAUAAAAGAAUAGUAGAAGAAUCUAGAAGUAAACCCUUAAGGGUUGUUACAAGACUAUUGAUAAUUGGUGAAGUGGGUGCAAUUUUAUGGUUAGUAAAAACCCUAUUGGUUAAAGUAUUAGCUUCAAAUUUUCAUGUCAAAGCAUUUUUUGACCGUAUCCAAGAUUCAUUAUUUAAUCAGUUUGUAAUCGAAACACUGUCGUCUCCUCCGUUAUUUGAAAUGCAACAAGUACAAGAAGAAGAGGAACAAACGAUGGCAGAAGUACAAUCGCUACAAAGAGCGGGGAUAAAUGUACCGGUUGAGUUAAGAUCAAGUGUGUUUCCACGUACUAAGAGUAACAUAAGUCAUACUCUGACGGCUGCGCCUUCGGAAAAUGGGAAUAAUAAUAAUAAUAAUAAUAAUAAUAAUAAUAAUAAUAAUAAUAAUGUUGGACAAGCCCCUUACAAAAGUCCAAUAGGGCAAAGUAGAAGAUUUUAUUCGGGUCCCAUAUCUAAAAAAUAUGAUGAAAAUACAGGAUUAUCAAUAGAUAAGUUAAAUAGGCUAAAUCAAAAGAACGUUUCAGCUUGGAAUAUGAAGAGAUUGAUGAGAAUUAUUAGACAUGGGGCAUUGACUACUUUGGAUGAGCAAAUUGUAGAUACUAUAAAUCAUGAUGAUGAUUCUGCUACACAUAUUAGAAGUGAAGUUGAAGCCAAAGCUGCUGCUAGGAAAAUUUUUCGAAGUGUUGCCAAACCUCGUUCUAGGUAUAUUUAUUUGGACGAUGUUAUGCGUUUCAUGCGAGAAGAUGAGGCUUUGAAAACAAUGAGUUUGUUUGAAGGAGCCAUAGAAACUGAGAGAAUUAGCAAGAAAGCAUUGAGAAAUUGGCUGGUGAAAGCAUUUCGAGAUAGAAGAUCACUUGCAUUGACUCUAAAUGACACAAAAUCAGCGGUUAACAAGCUAAAUGUGAUGGUGAAUGUUAUAGUGAGCAUAAUAAUAGUCAUUAUUGGUGUUACAUCACUAAAUAUCAUUACUUCACAAUCUCUCUUAUUCUUAAGCUCUCAAGUUGUUGUUGUGGCCUUUGUUUUUGGUAACACUUGCAAAAAUGUUUUUGAGUCCAUCAUUUUCUUAUUUGUCAUCCACCCUUACGAUGUUGGCGAUCGUUGUGAAAUCGAUGGUGUUCAGAUGGUGGUGGAGGAGAUAAAUAUUUUGACCACGGUAUUUUUAAAAUAUGACAACCAAAAAAUAUUCUUCCCAAACUAUAUACUUAAUACAAAGCCUAUUUAUAACUUCUACCGUAGCCCAGAUAUGGGAGAUGCAAUUGAAUUAUGUUUCCACGUAGCAACUCCCGGUGAAAAAAUUGCUCUUAUGAGGCAACGAAUUACCAGUUACAUUGAGAACAAGAAGGAGCAUUGGUAUCCAAGCCCAAUGAUAAUAUUGAAAGAUGUAGAAGGAUUACAUAUGUUGAAAAUUGCAAUUUGGUUACAACAUAGGAUGAACCACCAAGACAUGGGAGAAAGAUGGGAAAGAAGAGCACUUUUGGUUGAAGAAUGUGUUAAAAUACUUAGAGAAAUGGACAUUGAGUUUAGAAUUUAUCCUUUAAAUGUCAAUGUUUCAUCCCUUCCACCUCUCACUUAUGCUCAUGUUCCUCCUUCUAGUUGGAACAUCCCUCCACCUGAAGGGUCAAAGCAGAUUGUCCAUCCUUAA